UGAUGUGCUUAUUCUGCCUGCCUGGGAUGCUGCUGCAAGGAAAAGCAUGGCAGCCAAGGCAGGAGGCGGCGCCAAGCCCUGACCUGCCAGAGCAUCAAAACAGAGGCACACACAAAACAUAAGACAUCAAGAUCUCUUCCCCCCCCCUCUAGUUCUUGCAUCCUCCCCAAUUCCUCCCUCCCUCUUUCCUUGCGUCUCUCUUUUUUCUGCCCUUUGCUGCCCAUUCCCUCCAUGCAUCCCUCUGGAGGAGCAUCAGGUGCAUGAGAAAUGGAGUACAUCCGCAUGCCCAAGGUGGAAAAUGUCCGCUUAAUUGAUGGAAUAUCUUCCAAAAGAGCUGCACCAGGAACUUUGUACCUAACAGCCACACAUGUCAUCUUUGUAGAAAAUGAAUCAGAUACUCGUAAGGAGACAUGGAUUCUUCACAGUCAAAUCUCCUCUAUUGAGAAACAGGCUACAACAGCUACUGGUUGCCCAUUGCUGAUUCGUUGCAAGAAUUUCCAAAAUAUUCAGUUCAUUAUGCCCCAGGAAAGAGAUUGCCAUGAUGUUUACAUAUCUUUAAUACGUCUGGCACGUCCAGUAAAAUAUGAAGAGUUAUACUGUUUUUCUUUCAACCCCAAAUUAAACAAAGAAGAGCGAGAACAAGGCUGGAAUUUGACCAACUUGAAGGAAGAGUAUAAUCGCAUGGGGGUUCCAAAUAAUUACUGGCAGAUCAGUGAUGUCAACAGAGAUUAUCGAGUGUGUGACUCAUAUCCCACUGAAGUAUAUGUGCCCAAAUCAGCCACUGCCCAUAUUAUUGUGGGAAGCUCUAAAUUCCGCAGUAGGAGGCGCUUCCCAGCACUUUCCUACUUCUACAAGCAGAAUAAUGCUUCUAUAUGCAGGAGCAGCCAGCCUCUCUCAGGCUUCAGUGCUCGGUGCCUUGAAGAUGAACAGAUGCUACAAUCCAUCAGAAAGGCAAAUCCAGGAAGUGAUUUCAUCUAUGUUGUUGAUACACGGCCCAAACUCAAUGCAAUGGCAAACAGAGCAGCUGGGAAGGGAUACGAAAAUGAGGACAAUUACUCUAACAUCAAGUUUCAGUUCAUAGGUAUUGAGAACAUCCACGUCAUGAGGAGCAGCCUCCAAAAAAUGCUUGAAGUUUGCGAACUGAGAUCUCCUUCAAUGAGUGAUUUCCUCUGGGGGCUAGAAAAUUCAGGCUGGCUGAAGCACAUCAAAGCAAUCAUGGAUGCAGGCAUCUUUAUCGCAAAGGCUGUGGCUGAAGAAGGUGUGAGUGUUCUUGUUCACUGUUCUGAUGGAUGGGACCGGACAUCUCAAGUUUGCUCUGUAGCAAGCCUUCUGUUAGACCCAUAUUAUCGAACUAUGAAAGGCUUUAUGGUAUUAAUUGAUAAAGACUGGGUUUCAUUUGGCCAUAAAUUUAAUCAUAGGUAUGGCAAUUUAGAUGGAGACCCAAAAGAAAUAUCUCCAGUCAUUGAUCAGUUCAUCGAAUGUGUUUGGCAGCUUAUGGAACAAUUUCCUUGUGCCUUUGAAUUCAAUGAAAGGUUUCUGAUCCAUAUACAGCAUCAUAUCUAUUCCUGCCAAUUUGGGAACUUCCUGUGCAACAGUCAGAAGGAGAGGCAAGAGUUGAAGAUUCAAGAGCGAACCUAUUCACUUUGGGCUCACUUGUGGAAGAACCGUGUUGAUUAUGUGAAUCCUCUGUAUAGGGAAGACCAUAAUAGGACCCUGCAUCCAAAGUCAGCCCCCUGCCAUUUUAUCUACAAGUUCUGGAGUGGAAUGUAUAACCGCUUUGAAAAAGGGUUGCACCCUCGGCAGUCUGUUACAGAGUACUUGAUGGCAGUAAAAGAAGAAACACAGCAAUUAGAGGAAGAGCUGGUGGUCCUAGAAGAGAGGUUGGCAAAGCUUACAAAAGUGCAAUUAAAUAAUGGUGAAGCAAAGACAAAACAACAAUAUGGAAGCACCGGCUUUGGACACUCUACCUCUAAUGACAGCAUAGCCAAUACUCCCCAAGACUAUACUGGCAAUCUAAAAUCAUUUCCCUCCCGGAGUCCUUCUCAGGGAGAUGAAGACUCAGCCCUGAUUCUUACACAAGAUAAUCUGAAAAGCUCAGAUCCAGAUCUUUCAGCCAACAGUGAUCAGGAAUCAGGGGUGGAGGAUAUGAGCUGUCGAUCACCUAGUGGAGGGGGAUGUUUGCCCAGUGAAGAGAGCGCCAAAGAUCGAGAUUCAGAUGAAGCUGUUUGCCUCACUGUCUGAAAUGGCAGCUGGUCAGUAGGUAAUAGAAGGUUGUCUGUGUAAAGUCCAAAGAACAGGAGCUCUGCACUUAAAAAGCCCCUAUGUAACAAAGUUGUAAACAACGUUAAACAGGAAAUAACCUCUCAUAUUUAGAACAAUCAUGUACUUACUGAAUUGCCUUCAUCUAAUGUUAUUAGUCCACAUAACCAUGUGAAAUAUUUAUAUUUUAUUUCUUUGAUGUUUGAUCAGUGCUUAGUUUAUCAAUCAUACUAUCUUUCCAAAGACUCAUCAAAAGAACAUGUUUAUGUAAACCAUGCCAAAAAAAACCCCAAAACCCUCACACAUCUGAAUGCAAACUUUCUCCUCUACACCAAUAUAUAUACUGUAUAUCAAAAACAAGCAAAUGACUUAUGAAAAUAUUUCUUCCUUGUCUUGAAUUCUUGGAAGAUUUAAUAGCUUUGUCAUUUAUGUAUUUAAAAUAUUGCUGGACAAAGGUGAAGUCCAUUUAGUGAUGAUCAUUGCUGAGCACAGAAAAUUAAAAGUUAAAAC